AUGGCAUAUAGAAUUAUUAUAUUAUUAUCAAUAAUUUCGUUUGUUUCAAGCUUUUCAUGUCGACUAUUUGGAAUAGAUCAAACAACACUCGAUACAAAAUUUAUCGAAUUCUAUAAUAAAUCGUUUCAUAAUAAUGUAUUAGAUUUAGAUGGUUCAGUAUUUCAAAGUCCAUCAGCAACUGCAAAAAUAGAUAAUCGUACAUACCUUAGUACAUAUAAUACUUUUGAUAGUAAAGGUAUACCUUAUUUUUUUCUACUAAUGAUUGAUGUUGAAACAAAGUCAAUAAAACUUAAUUUAUCAUUAAUUGAAAAACAUGAUUAUGCAGGAUUUUAUCAUAUUGGAGUGACAAAUGAGAAUGGUAAUAUUUAUGGUAUCAGAGAAAGUUUCAAAUAUCCAUUAGGUUUAGAAGUAGCUAAAAUAAAUCAAACAACAGGUCUUAUGAAAACAAUUGGAAUAUAUCCAAUUGGUUCAUUUAGUGUAAUCAUGGCUUUAGCACCAAAACGUCGAUUGUAUUAUAAUGUUAUAGAUUCAAAACUCUACGGUAUUAAUAUUGAUACAGGAAAAUUAGAUGUACAUAGUCAAAUACCUGGAGAUUAUUCAAUUUAUGGUCUUGAUUAUGAUUCUGUUAAAGAUCGAUUAAUUUCUAUAGUUUAUCCAGGUGGAUUAAAUGAUGGUGUAUGGUAUUUAGUUGAAGUAAUCAUAAAAGAAAAAGGUGAACUUGAAUUUAAUCGUAUUGGUAAAAGUGAAAUUCCAGUUGAUAAAUAUCUUUGGUCAACAAACUAUGCAAUUGAUUCAGAAAAACGUCUAUGGGUUACAUAUUGGGCUACAGAAGAUGAAAAAAAAUAUUCUUUUUUUGUAUUCAAUAUUGAUAAUGGAAAAAUUGUUGAACAAAUGGACACAAGUCUAACUGAAUUAAGUAAUCUUGCUUGUUUUUAUUCAAUUUGA